AUGAUAAAAAGUUUACUAAAAAUGAUCAUUCGUGAAUCAACAUCAUUAGCCUUAAAAUUUGAAGUUCUAGCCGAAUGUCAGACAACAAAAGCACGUGUCAGCCGUCUAACAUUGCCUCACGUACCAGAAGGAAUACAGACACCAGUCUUCAUGCCUGUUGGCACUCAAGGUACACUCAAAGGUUUAACACCUGAACAAUUAAAACAGAUCGAUUGUAAAUUAAUAUUAGCAAAUACAUACCAUUUGGGUCAUAGACCGGGUCCCGAAUUACUGCAAAAAAUGUCUGGUUUACAUGCAUUUAUGCAUUGGAAUGGGGCUUUAUUAACGGAUUCUGGUGGUUUUCAAAUGGUCUCACUCGUUAAAUUAUCGGAAGUAACUGAGGAAGGUGUUCAGUUUCAAUCACCGCAUGACAAUACACAAAUGUUAUUAACACCAGAAAAAUCAAUCGAAAUACAAAAUGUUAUCGUGCAAAGUUUAGCAUACAACUCUAAUAAUUAUCCAUUAACAGCCGGGUGGAAUAAAACACAAAUUUUAAGUCCAUUACAUUUAAAAAAUACAAGUGCAAUUGUUCAUGCUCGAAAUGAACAAAACAUUGCUAAAUACACAUUAAGACACAUUCACUGCGCCGAUAUAAUUAUGCAAUUGGAUGAUGUUGUAUCAAGUACAAUAACUGGACCAAGAGUCGAAGAAGCGAUGUGGAGAUCUCUUCGAUGGCUUGAUCGUUGUAUGAAAGCUCAUCAACGUCCCACUGAGCAAAAUUUGUUUCCCAUUGUUCAAGGUGGCCUAGAUUCACAAUUACGAACAAAAAGUUUAGAAGAAAUAAUUAAACGUGAUUGUCCCGGUUAUGCAAUCGGUGGAUUAAGUGGUGGUGAAGACAAAGAUCAAUUUUGGCGAAUAGUUACAUUGUGUACAGAUUAUUUACCCAAAGAGAAACCACGUUAUUUAAUGGGCGUCGGCUUUGCCAUUGAUCUUGUUAUUUGUUCUGCACUUGGUUGUGAUAUGUUCGAUUGCGUAUUUCCCACUCGUACAGCACGUUUUGGUUGUGCAUUAGUCGAUUCUGGUCAGCUCAAUUUAAAUAAAUCUCAAUAUGUUAAAGAUUAUCGUAAAAUCGAUGAUGAUUGUUCAUGUUAUACAUGCAAAAAUUAUACGCGAUCGUAUUUGAACACAAUUGUAUCCAAUGAAACGACGGCAUGUCAUCUAAUUACGAUACACAAUGUUGCAUAUCAGAUGCGCUUAAUGGCUCGUAUUCGUCAAGCAAUUAUUGAACAACGUUAUCCAGAAUUUAUUCGUCAUUUUGUUCAAAUAUAUUUUCAAGAUAAAUCUGUACCAGAUUGGGUAACAAAUUCAUUAAAAUCCGUUAACAUCACUUUGUGA